AUGCCGCCGAAGAAGGUAACCGCCGGCCCGAUCGCGUCCUUAGAUGAUCUUCGCGUGAGCAUAAUAAGCGGAAGGACGACUGAGCGCAGCAAUGCAUUGAAAGAGUUAAUUGAGUUUGCUUCCCGCGCGGACCGAAUAAAACCGCUUAAAGAUAAGAGUAUCCAUCAGUUACUGGAAGCUCUAUUUCACUGCGCUGUAGCAGAGAAAUCAACCUAUUACGGUGGCACCAAGACCACGAGAGCCCAGGCAGAGAACAAAUUGGGUCUCUGUGCUGAAGCACUCCGCACGAUUAUCACACAACGCGCUGCCAAAAUAAAGAUCAAGGCAGCACGAGCUGUAGUUGACCAUAUAACUCAGGCGUUGCCUGGGCCCGAUCAAGAUUUUGUACCACCAUUACAACAGGAUUACAUCAAGGCGCUUGUUGCCCUGCUGGGAAACCCAGCCACUGUUGAACACCUUGGUCGAAACGAUGCAGAUAGCUGGCUCGCAUGUGUGGAUUUUCUCACUCAGUCUUUGUCUCGGCUGCUCGACAAUGGGGAUAGGGAGUUCGUGGUCCUAUCUCGAGGGUCUCCCGUCCCUGGAACAGUGGCAGGCACUUCCUCCACCAACAGGUCUAGUUCCUUUUUCAGCCAACGACACGGCAGCCAGAAAAACCUUAGGCUGCUCGAAGACAUUGUACUUUGCCUCCACCAGCUCGUCUCGGCAACGAAUGCUCCUUUGGCGCUGCGAUAUAAAGAGAUCACAAGAAAACUAAUACAAAUUCUGCAGCUUCGGGGACUGAAUGUGAGCAACAUGCACCAGACCACACUUGGUGCAAUCGUCGGCAUAGUAGCUCAAAUCCAAGCAGAUGACCUAUCACUGGCAGCCAGUGUCACUCGCGAGUUGCUGCCCUUGCUCUCGCAUUGGUGGCAACCUCAUUCAUCCAAGAACGACAAACUUUUGAACUCUGUCAGAGAUGAGAUACUUCGUGCACUAUUUGUCCUCGUGCCGCACCUGGAUGCAAUGCUGCGAGCUGCUGAUGAUGGCUCGCUGCUAGAUGAGAUCCUCGAGCUCAUGGACGCGCUUUGGCUUGAAUACUCUAGGCGAGAUGAUCGGCUGCAUCUUCAGUUGUCAGAUCUUGACUUCUCUUCUCUCAAAGUAGACUAUUUCAAGACCGAGAUCUUUGGCUUGCGUCCUUUUGAUCCAUCUUCGGAGCGAAAAUGGGCCAUUCUUGAGGCCAUGGCACAGCUGGAGUUACUUUACUCGAGGAAGGUCAGGCAACAGCGAUCUCCUCCGACAGACCAGGACCAAGAUCAACCACGGAAGCGUCGCCGGGUUGAAGGUGGCCAGGACAGGAUCCACCAAAAGUUGAGCUCUCCAGACGAUAGUCUGAAGCUUGUUGCUCUCCAAUUGCUCUCUUUUACAUUUGAGAAUGAGAGACCAUCUCGGGAAGAUUAUUACUCGGCCAUGAAUGACAUCGUGAGACUGUUGGGUCACAAACAAUCUAACAUUUCUUCUUGGGCAAUGAUAGCGUGUGCUAGCCAUGUUAUCCGCUGGGUCUUCUCAAAGUGGAAUCCAAGUGAUGGUGCGUAUGCUAUGUCAAACUCGACGUCCACAAGUAUUAUCGAUCUUGUAAACUUGCUCAAAGCUUGUUGCGGCAGUCAAAACGCGCUACAGCAACCCGCCAUUCCCGUUCCUGGUGGUCCAGUAUAUCAAUAUUGGUCUCAGCAGAGAAAUGAUGAUGGAUUGAUGAGCUAUCUUCUACUGAGUGGGACUACGAGUACAUUUGUCAGAAGCAAGAGCCCAAAGCCCCAGACCUACACUUCAGACUUUGAAGAAGCCAGGCAUAUUACCGAUGCUGCCGACGCAAACGCGGCGAGGAAGUUGAUCGCAGAGCUUCUUCUUCCCAAGCUCAGCGAGUCCGUCACGAUGGCUGAAACUUGGAGGCAAAGCAAAGCAAAGAUCUCUACCGAUAAGCUAAGGAGCGUACUUCAAUGCGCUCUCUCAGCCUUGAUGAUAGUCCCUGAACUGGAUCAGAUGAAAAUUUCACUUUCUCGAGAAGUUCAGACGUCAACACAAACCCUUGUUGAGAUUUUACUCGAUUUGAUCAUGACUGCGGAUGAUACUCAGGACUUUUCGGAUAUGUGCUUCCAGUCAAUCACGGGUCUCAUGCCGCGUCUUUGCAGGCAAGAUCUCAUUCGAUUCCAGCAAAAAGAUCAACCGCUUCUUGCUUUCUUUGCAAAGUUGGCAAGUAUGCUGGACGAAAAGGCAUCUCAACCACGAUCUAGUUCCGGUGUAGAUCUUAUGGAUCUAGAUGAUGAAUUCGAGUCACAGCAGAGUCAAACAAGCUCAAUUUCCAAGGCCGUCUCCUUUCCACGAAGCGACCUUGGACUUAUGUACAGUCACGAGGGGUUUUACUCGGACAUCAAGAUGAGGCUUCGUUUGCUAUCGUUUUUUCUGGACGAUGAAGAAGACAUUGGCACUCUACCUACCGACUUUGUGGGCACUAUUGUUCAACUCUCUGAAGAAGAGUUCCUUUACAGCACUCGCCUUCUUAAGGAAUGCCUUGGGUCCGACUUUACCAUCAGGGCCGCAGACGCGUCGCGCAUCAUCGAGACUGUAGGCUCGGUCAUUGGCGAGGAUAACGCUGCAUGCGAGGUGGUACUGGGAGUUUGCAUUGAUAUGAUCGAGCUACUGAUCCCAGUCUGGAGUGACGACCAAGAGCUUUCGGGCCCAAUAGGAGACCUCUACUUGUUUCUGGUGGACAAGGGCUCGCCUGGUAAUAAUCUUUCCCAGAGGGCUCAGGCGCGCCUGGCUGAUCUUUUGUUUACUCUGCUUGAAAAGAAGCCAGAUUACGGUACAACUCUCAACUACAAGUCUUGCCGUUCUUCCCUCUUUUCAUUAAUCAAGGAGGGCGCUCUUUGGUUGAAAUUCAACAUUGGUUCGAAACUUCCAAAGAUUUUUGAGCUUUAUGUUUUCAAAGUUCACGAUGAGCUUUUUCUUGACAUCCUGGAUUGUCUUCCUACAGAUUCAGACCACAGGGAAGGCAUCGCAUUUCGUCUCUAUCUCCUUGCGGAGAUUGCACGACAAUGGCCGACAACUUUGCGCCGGGGAAUCUACACGAUCUUCGAGACCUCGGGUCACAUUUCAAGCUCCGUCUGUCAUGCGCAGACAUGUUUGUCCUGUGUUGCAGAUUAUCUAGACCUCAAGAGCCCAAAGGAACUUUUCCGGCUCUUCACGCCGCAGCUACUGUACACAUGGCUGGAAUCAUCCAGCCUCGAGACCAUACCGUACGCAAUUUUUGGAUUUUCAAGCCUGGAGGAGCUGCUCGAACAAGCCAAAUCAGAAGCCAUAUCCCUCAUGAUGAUGCGAGGCCAGGAAGACCAAGCAGCGGAUCUGGUACAAAGGCUAAAGACCACCACCGCUAAACUGAUACAGGAAAACUUUGCUAGGGUGAUGGCAUAUAGCGUGGCAAAUGACAUUUGUGGCCAGAAAAAUGCCAGCAGGGACAAACACGCCACGAGCGAGAGCAUCGUCAGGCGAAUCAUGGGCAAGGAGUUGUUCUAUCAACACGUUAAUCUCGAGUUUGUGGACAUCGUCGGGAUUCUCUUCGACAUCAUCGACCAAGAGGAUCCAAUCGAGACCAAGUGUUUUGCUAAAAAUCCCAGACUCAAAUAUGCAGCCGACAUUAGCGCAAAAAUCAAGGGGUUCGGACAUUCUGAAGUAAUUUUACCCCCAAAUCAACAGCCCUUGUUUAGAGCCAGGCAUCUCACACAAGAACUGGAACAUAUUUGCGGGAGGACACAGCACGAGUUGGAAAGUCUUUGGAGUCCUGCGCUGGUUGUGUCGGUCUGCCGCAAGCUCCUAAACACCGUUCAAACGGCCAUGGGUCCUUUGCACGCAUGCGCAGUUAUCCGAAAGGUGCGAAUCUUAGUCUGUCUGGCUGGAGACCAUGCUGUCUCGUCGUAUCCUCUCGAGAUGAUUCUUCACUCCAUACGUCCCUACAUUGGAGACCCCGAAUGCGCCGAUGAUGCACUUGGAAUCACUCGUUAUCUGAUCUCAGCUGGAGCAAACCACCUUGCUCGAGUGCCGACCUUCCUUGCUGGCUAUGCACUCUCCACACUUGCAUCCUUACGGCUGUUCCUUGAGUCCAGUCAGUCAAGUACCACUCAGGAAAGUCAGUUCAAGGCAACCAAGAGCAACGCUCAGACUUUUCACAAGUGGUUCACCGAAUUUCUCGCCUCAUAUGAAUCUAACGCCUUCAGAGACGAGUCUCAGCUCCAGGCUUUUAAAAAGAUCACCCAGGCAGCUGCGCAAAUCGGCACCUCGGGAAAUGCAGAGAAGGAAACUCACGAGUCCAGCCUUCUACUCGAGAUUCUCAAGGAUGGUGCUAAUCGACACCGGCUAUUGAAUCAGUCCUCGAGAGACUUGGCCCUUGCGAUGCUCUGCGGGGACUUCAAGACACCUCCUCCGGGCUCCAAGGAUGUCAUUGACACGGACGAUGGUGCGAUCAAGCACAGCACAAUGGUCUGGGAGAGCUGCAAAGCCGAAUCUCUUCAUGCCAACUAUCUCACCUGGGCGGGCCGUGUGGUUGGCAAAUCCUUUGCGGCAUCAGGGGAGGUCCAAGAGAAGCUCUUACGAGAGUCUCGCCUAGCUGAUUAUGCAAAGUUAGCUGGGCGGGACUUGGGUUCAGAAGAGGGAAUCCUGGAAGCCAUUGAAGCAUUGAUAACAGACCGUGAUUGUGCAACAGCUGGCUUGGCAGAAGCUGCCUUGCGUAAGAUCGUCACGGAAACAACUGCUGCCCAGGAUAACUCUCUGUCCAUGGCCUGCCAAGACAGUCUCUCUGAAGCUGUUCACGCUUCCUCGGAUUGGGCUCCGUAUAACAUCCCCCCUUCUGACUAUGUUGAGGUUCCCCAAGUUAUUGAUGCUGAGCUUUUCAGUCGUGGUCGCAUUGACACUCUGGACUGGUCGCAGUCGAUGGCUGUGUUUCUCGCCAAAUCUAUCAGCAACUAUACAAUCUUGGCCCAGUUACCUCCGCUUCUGCUCAAGUCGAAAUCGUUUGCAGAUCAAGUUUUUCCUUUCAUCGUUCAUCUUGUGCUCUUUCUGCAGCUGGAUACGCAGCAGACAGUCCGACGGAAGCUAUCUGAUAGUCUCAAAGAGUGGCUUGUCAUGAACACCCCUCUGGCGAGAGAGAAUAUAAAGCUUCUCAUCAACACGGUGCUUUUUCUGAGAACACAACCACUCCCAAAUGAAACCUCUAUAGCGGAUCGCUCCGCGUGGCUCGAGAUAGAUCUUGCUGCGUUAUCGACCGCAGCUACAAGAUGUGGGAUGUACAAAGUCGCCCUUGUUUUUGCCGAGAUUGCCUUUUCAGAGGCUAGCCAGAAGACUUCUCGCAGAUCGUCGGCUGCGAGGGACCUGGAUACUACUGACUCGACUGAGAUUCUCCUGGAGAUCUUUGAGAAUAUCGACGACCCAGACGCGUACUAUGGACUCCCCCAAAUCUCGAAUCUCGACAACGUCCUCUCUAGACUCGAGUAUGAGAAGGACGGCAUGAAGAGCCUGGCAUUUCGUGGCGCCCAGCUCGACGAUCAUGUCAGGCGCAGGGACCAGUCUGCAAGCAAGGACGGGCAGUCUAUGGUACGAACGCUGGGAGAACUUGGCCUCUCGGGACUGGCUCACUCGCUCCUACAGACCCAACAAGGCCUGGAUGGUCAGUCAUCCAGCAUUGGCAGCACUUUUGAGACUGCCCGGCGCCUGGCGAUAUGGAACCUGCCCGUCCCUCCGAACCAAGACCACCGCGCAGUCACUAUGUAUAAGGCUUAUCAGAGCAUACAUCAGGCGACUGAUCUAAUUUCUGCCCAGCAGGCUGUUCAUCAGGGUCUAGCAAGCACUAUCCGCUACCUGACGAGUGGAAGUCUGAAAGCCUUCCAUUUGCGGCAGCACCUUGGUGCUCUAGCUGCCCUGACAGAAAUCGACGAGUCACUCACCAUCCAUGACAGCGUGGACGCGCUCUAUCGCAGAUUUGAGAGGAGGUCUGACUGGAUGAUGAGUGGAAGAUAUGAUGACGUCCGUCAGAUUCUUUCAUGUCGGGAGUCAACUUUGAGCUUGCUCAGUCAGCAUAGCCACUUUCAAAAAUCCCAGAAGCUCACGGCUGCCAUGACCGGAACAUUGGAAGUGCAGGCGCUGCUACUAUCAGCCGGAAUCUUCAGAUACCACGACGCCACACAAGAGUCACUAAACAUAUCCACCUCGCUCAACAAUCUCAUUCAGCCGUGCGAGGCUAUGGGUCUCAGUGUUGAUGCGGCGAUCAAGGUGGAGGUUGCAAACUCCUUUUGGGAUUAUGGCGAGAUGAUUCCAUCGAUCCGCAUGCUACAAAGCAUUGAAGGGGAGUGUGCCCUCAAAAAGCAGACAAUUGACGUCAAUCGUGCCGACCUUUUGGCCAGUAUUGGGCAUCAAGUGUCAGUGGCGAAGCUUGAAAGCUCUGAGGAAAUCCAGCGAAAAUAUUUACAGCCGGCUUUGAAGGAACUUCGAGGCAACAACGAAGGCAAGGCGGCUGGAAAAGUCUAUCACCAAUUUGCUGUUUUCUGCGACGAACAGCUGCAGAAUCCAGACAGCCUGGCUGAUCUUAACCGCCUCAAAGGACUCGAGAAGGGGAAAAGCGAUGAGGUCACCCAGCUGAGUGCGAUUGUGUCCAAAACUAAAGACCAGAUGCUCAAGCAGAAGUAUACCGGCAUGUUGAACAAGGCCAGGACUUGGUUAGAUCUGGAUCGACAAGAGCUGCGACGUAUUGAACAGACACGCAGUCAAUUCGUACAGCUGAGCCUGGAGAAUUACUUGUUAUCUCUGUCAGCCUCGGAUGAGCACAAUGAUGAUGCGCUGCGGUUCACAGCACUCUGGCUGGAACGAUCGGAGGAGCAAGCUACCACCCAAGCAGUGCAAGCCCAUCUGCACAAGGUUCCCAGUCGCAAAUUUGCUCCAUUGAUCAACCAGCUUACUUCGCGCCUGCAGGAAGCAGAAACCAGCUUUCACAAGCUGCUGCAAAGCCUUGUCUUCCGGAUAUGCUGCGAGCAUCCCUAUCACGGCAUGUACCAAAUAUGGUCAGGGAUGAAAUCCAAGAUCAACAAGGAGGACGAAAUCGCAGUCCUUCGCAACAAGGCAUUGGUCAGGAUUUCAGAGCACCUCGGCAAGCACAAAAAGGUCUACAGUAUUUGGCAGGCUGUCAAUUACACCAACGCCAAGUACUACGCUCUGGCCAUUGAUCGAGGCCCAGAGAAGGGCUACAAGCAGGGGCAGAAGGUCGCUAUCCAUAAUCACGCACAAGCUAAGCCUCUUCAGGAUUCCCUGUUCAAGUAUCGCAUCCCACCGCCGACCAUGCAGAUGGAGCUACGGGUGGACUGCGACUAUUCCACAGUACCAGUCAUUGUCAAACUGGAACCAGAGAUGAGUAUAGCGUCCGGACUGAGCGCUCCAAAGAUCCUGACAGCAGUAGGCAGCGAUGGAGUCAGAUACAAGCAGCUUGUCAAAGGUGGCAACGAUGAUCUCCGGCAAGAUGCCAUCAUGGAGCAGGUGUUCGCGGCUGUGUCGUCGGUGCUCAAGCUCCACCGCACUACUCGGCAACGAAACCUGGGUAUCCGCACAUACAAGGUCGUCCCGCUUACGACAUCUACUGGUCUGAUCGAGUUUGUACCUAACACGAUCCCGCUGCACGACUAUCUCAUACCGGCGCACGAGCGAUAUUACCCCAAGCUGUGGAGGGGCAGCCAGUGCCGUAAGGAGAUCUCGAAUGCCCAAGGCAAGCCGGUUGAAGAGCGCAUCCGGGCGUAUCGCAAAGCGACAGAGCGCUUCCCGCCGGUGAUGCGGUAUUUCUUCAUGGAACACUUCCCAGACCCCGAUGAAUGGUUUGUUCGAAGACUGGCAUACACGCGCACGACAGCCGCCAUCUCAAUGCUGGGCCACGUAUUGGGAUUGGGUGACCGACACGGCCACAACAUCCUGUUGGACAGCCGGACCGGCGAGGUGGUGCAUAUCGACCUGGGCAUAGCAUUCGAGAUGGGCCGCAUCCUGCCCGUGCCGGAGCUCGUCCCGUUCCGCCUGACACGGGAUAUUGUAGACGGCAUGGGAAUCACCAAGACGGAGGGCGUGUUCCGACGGUGCUGCGAGUUCACCAUGGAUGCGCUACGGGAGGAGACCUACUCCAUCAUGACGAUCCUGGACGUGCUGCGGUACGACCCGCUGUACUCUUGGUCCAUAUCACCGGUACGGCUGGCAAAGCUUCAGGACACAACGACAUCGCGCGACAACGAGACGGGGGCUCCAGGUGUCGACGUCAAGGCCGUGGCGGAGCACCGCAAGGUGGUGAACGAGCCAUCGGAGGCGGAGAGAGCGCUCGAGGUGGUGCGCAAGAAACUUUCCAAGACGCUGAGUGUCACUGCGACUGUGAACGACCUGAUAAACCAGGCGACUUCGGAGAGAAACCUGGCAUGUCUAUUUUCUGGCAAGUACUUGAAUGUGUUCUUUGGCGCUGGGCUGCAUACGCCUGAUAAGGUCAAUGUAUCAAAUCAACGGGCAUUAAGCAAAGACGCAAACCUGAUAGUCGUAAGGACUCACAAGCCGGGUACGGUAAUCAAGUACUUCAAUUUCGGAGGUACCUACUUGUUAAGAACUGGAGCUGAUGGCGGGGCUUAUCGCCUAUCGAGCCGUCAUGAAUCGUUGAUUGGCAGUCAACUAGGCAAGGGUCCAAAGGCAGACAAAAACCACAAGGACCUAUUUCACGAUUUUACGACCUUCAUUCCUCCUCAUUUCCGGUCGAUCCAGGACUUGACUGGUUUCAUGCUUCCAACAUUUAAUAUUGGCGACGGAGCUGCCGCAGCAACAUCAUCUCCACCUUCCCAAGGCCAACCCAAACGCCGGCACCGAGUUGACUCGAAUCCUCUGGCGUACUGGGGCGGCCCGCCGGCCGACCACGACCCCGACCCCAAGCGAAUCCGACCCGAGCAGCCUGGCACCACCACCAUGAGCGCAAAGGCCUUUGGGAAACGCCCGGCCACGGACAGCAACAUGGCCGGCUUUGGAGGGCACGCAGGCUUCGUCCGGCCACCACAGGCCGCGCCGGCGCUCAAGACGUACCUUGGGGCCAGAAAGCUGGUCGUGAAGAACCUCAAGCCGCAGCAGACCCCAGCAGUCGACGACUACUAUGCAAGGGCGUACAAUGAACUGGAGUCUGCCCUGCAAGACAUCUUCCAAGGUCGGCAACCGCGGCAGCCUCUGGACCGGCUAUACAGGCACGUCGAGAGCAUAUGUCGCCGAGAUGAGAGCGCCAAACUGUUCAAGAUACUGCAGAAUCGCUGUGACGGUUAUGUGAGGGAAGAGGUCCUUCCCAAGGUCAGGGCGAAAGAUAACGGGUCCGAAAUCGACAUGGUCAGGAUAGUGCAUCAAUACUGGAAGGACUGGAGUCGCAAAUCGGUUGUCAUACGGUCUCUGUUUAGCUACCUGGACCGCACAUACAUAGUUAAGCAGGGCAAGGAUCACGACCUUAACGACGUAACUAUAACUUCUUUCCGACGUGUCAUUUUUGGCUCGCGACACUCAGACGGGCUGCAGGCCGAUCGCAAAGAUGACCUGCCAGGCCGGAAGGUCAUCAACGGGAUGUUGCAACUGGUUUCGCUGGAUCGGGCAGGAGAUAAGAUGUUCGAUGGAGCACUGCUGAAGGAUGCCGUAAAAAUGCUUCACGUUUUCAACGUAUAUGGGAAGGACUUUGAGGAACCUCUGCUCGACGAAUCGGCCCGAUACUUUGAGACUUUUGCCCUGGAAAAGAGCGAAAACUACGACCUGAAGGAUUACAUUGCGUCAGUACGUGUGCUCAUAAACCGCGAGGACACGCGGUGCAAUGUCUACAAUUUUGACAGCACCACCAAGAGAGAGCUCAUGAGCGACAUACAAAGGAUAGCCAUUCAGGACCAUACCGACAAACUACUGGGCGUCACUGAAGUUGCUCGCUUGAUUGGAGAGGCAGAUAUCGAGUCUCUUAGAGGACUUUAUGAGCUCCUCCGCUUGACGGGACAGCACAUGGACCUUCGUGGCCCCUGGGAGGAAUACGCAAUUUCCACCGGUUCCAAAAUCAUUAGUGACACGGAACGGGGCGACGAGAUGGUGGUUCUACUCCUGGAGCUGCAGCGCAAACUUCUCAACAUCAUACGUGAUGCUUUUGGAGGGAACGAUGAUUUCAGGAAAAACAUGCGAGACGCCUUCUGUCGUUUCAUGAACGAUAAAGCAGCGAAGAACACGGGUACCGAUGUCGGCGAGCGGGUUGCCAAGUACAUCGACAUGCUGCUGCGUGGAGGUCUAAAAGCGCUGCCGCCAUCGUUAAUGGGUGAUUACAAAGAUCGCACGGAGACGGAGCGAGCUGACGUUGCCAGCGCAGGCGAUGAGGACGCCGAGCUCAACAGGCAACUCGAUAACGGCCUCGAGCUUUUCAGGUUCAUUCAGGGCAAGGAUGUUUUUGAAGCCUUUUACAAACGCGAUCUUGCUAGGAGAUUGCUCAUGGGACGCAGUGCAAGCCAAGAUGCCGAGCGGACUAUGCUUGCCAAAUUGAAGGUUGAGUGCGGGUCACAGUUUACGCACAACCUUGAGCAGAUGUUCAAGGAUCAAGAAGUUGGCAAGGAGGAGCUCGCUGCAUACAAAGAAUGGCGGAGAUCGUCUGAUAGGGCAAACAAACUCAGCAAGAUUGACCUCAACGUCAAUGUAUUAUCAGCGUCUGCUUGGCCGUCCUACCCGGAUGAUCCGGCCGUGGUCCUGCCUGACGGCAUUCUUGAGAAUCUUCAACACUUUGAACAGUACUACAAGAACAAGCACGAGGGGCGGAAAUUGACCUGGAAGCACAGCCUGAGCCAAUGUGUCAUCAAAGCGACAUUCCCACGAGGCACAAAGGAGCUUGUCAUGAGCGCGCAUCAGGCUGCGGUUCUGGCAUUGUUCAACAGCGUCGAGAUCGACGAGCCACUGUCCUACGAAGAGAUCGAGAAAGCCUGCGGCCUUUCUGGCGACUUGCUCCAGCGAACGCUGCAGUCUCUCGCCUGCGGUAAGGCCCGAGUGCUGGCAAAGGCGCCCAAGGGAAGGGAUGUCGGCAAGGACGACACAUUUACAGUCAACAAGGGUUUCACGGACCCCAAGAUCCGCAUCAAGAUCAACCAAAUUCAGCUCAAGGAGACCAAGGCCGAGAACAAGGAGACGCAUGAGCGGGUGGCGGCAGACCGACAGUUCGAGACGCAGGCGGCGAUAGUGCGCAUAAUGAAGAGCCGCAAAACGCUGCCGCACGCCCAGCUGGUGGCCGAGGUCAUUGAGCAGACGCGGCGUAGGGGUGCAUUGGAGCCGGCGGAAAUCAAGGCCAAUAUUGAAAAACUCAUCGAUAAGGAAUACAUUGAACGCGAGGGUGGUAACUACGUAUACAUGGCCUGA